CGUCAGCGUCAGGCUGCUGCGGUGUCGGUUCAGGUAGAGAGGCAUCAGGUGGGACAGCCACAGUGCUGGCCGCUGCAGGAGUGCUACAGCUGGCAAACACCGAAACACCAAAUGUUUCCUGUCCCAAAGACUGAGAAGAAGGCGUCGUACUCCAUCCGCUUGGUGGGCAUCCAGUCCUCAAAUACUGAAGGUGCGUCCGUUUAAUGUGGCGAAAAAAAGAGUUAAAAACUCUAAAAUCCUGUUCACAUCCGUCAAUACCACAGUAAACCCAAAAAUCCGAGCUGCGACUGUGACUUUUAUUAAUGUGGCUAAGGAGUACUUUAAGACUUAAAGCAACAAAGACGAAACAUAUCAUACAUCUCCACGCCGCCAUGAUGCACCGUCGUUGUCGCGGGCUAAUGACGCUGAGGUGGAUGGGGAGGGGGGCACUCAUGGAAUAAUUUGUUAUUAUUUUAACAAUACAUUUCUCUAAUUAUAAAUGCGACCCAAUUCAUUGUAUGAUGAUAGAUGUUUUGUUUUACUAAUAUUUUGCUAACAAGUUCAUGUUUACAUUCGAUCAUUUCUGCGCAUCCUCAGUUCCUCCAACGGUCCCACCUCAAUGACGUCAGUGAUCGCGAAUCUCCGCUUGAGUAACUGAAAGAUUUGGGUGCGUCACAUUAGAAGAAGUGCAAGAACAGCGGCUCAAGGUCAGUAAACUGUAUUGAAUUGGUAAAUAUUACUUGCCAAAAUCAUAUUGGUUGUUGUGGUGGUAUUACAAAAUCUGCCAAGAAGCAGAAGAAGAACAUGCGUUGUCCAUAUGUCGGUAUAUGCUUAGCAAGCUAGCUAAUUGUUAGCUAAUGUGCACUUUUACACGCUACCCGCUAGCUAACGAGCUCUGUUUGCCUAUGGGUUUUCCCAGGUAGUUCUACAGUACCGCCUGUUAAUGCUUCAGGGAGCUGAUAAAUCUAGGAUGGAUACCUUUGACGAUGCCACUCUAUCGGUGUUGGAGGCUGCCAGUGUUGAUGAGGAAGCUUUGAAAGGCCUUAGCCGGGAUGACCUGAGGGAUCUUUUUCCUGGCCCACAGAAUUUCCUCAAAAGAAAGAAACUUUGGAAUGUCAUCAGUGAAAAUUUUGAAAAUACCACGGACCAAGAUGCCAACAAUUGUGCCAUGCCACCAUGCCAGCCUCAAACCUCAACCCCCAUAUCUGCUGAGAAAAAAAUGAAAAUGCCAGACCCUCCAGAGUAUGUGGUGUAUACUGAUUCGGAGUUAGACAUGGUGCGUAGUCAAUACUUUGCACUGCUCUGCAAUGGAAAGGAAAAAAAUUACACAAUGUCCAAGGAGCUAUGUUGCAGACUCAUAAGGAACACAAUAACCAGUAUGGUUGCUAUCCUGCGUGCUAGUCCCAUGGGGAAAGAAGUCAGAUACCCGUCAAAAUUGGAAAUGAGAGCCAUGUCACAGAAGAUUGUAGACUAUUACCCAAUGUUACGGGAUGAUGAUCCAAACAUGCCAUAUCUGACCAUCUACGCCAAAAUGUACAAGCGACUCCAAAAUAUGAGAUCCCCACGGAAGAGGCAAGGCUCUGUACCACAAAGAGGAGUGGCAAAGACAGCUCUCUUCAGUGCAGACAACCAAGAGACGGAUUGGACAAGCAACUCGAGUGAUAACACCGUACUUCUUGAGAGCAAUGAUGACCUUAGCGAGGACAACUCCAGUGCAGCAUCCCCAGCACAACGACCCCCCUCUGUGCCAAGAAAGCCAAAGACCAAAACCUCGCUGCUGCCAUCUGCAUCAGCCUCAGGCUCCUCACUCAGGACUGUGAUCGCUUCACCAACCACGCCUGCAAAGGAUGAUGUUGUCGCCCAGGACAGUCUGAAGAUGCAGGCUAGGCACUAUAAAACCUUGAGCAACAUGUACAAUAAGCCAAAUGCAAAACCCAAUCAAAGCGAUGUUGCUCAAGUUUUAGACCUUGAGUUUAAGGCCAGACGGGCAUUCAUUGAUGCAGAUGUUACAAGGGAAGAAGACCGACCUGCAAAAAUCUUUGAGGCAUAUCCAUGCUUUAGAGAUGUUCGAAAUGCAAUGGAUGAGCUGCGGCGCAUAGUAGGUGGCACCAACAGCAGAUACAUCGAGGAAGUGAAAGGAAGAUGGGCAGACUUUUGUGCCAAGGUGCAGUUCUAUGGUGUGUGGAAGAAAGCCCUGAAACCCCCUUUUCCAUUGGAUGUCCGUGGAGUGGAGUUCACGCUUGCCAUCUUCAAUGCACUCCCAUCCCUUUUCCCCUCACCAACUUCACCACCAAAGAAGCUUGGAAAUAGCUGUGAGGCACUUCUUCAUGUCCUGAAGUCAGGCGAAGACCCUACCCUGUACCUGGAAAAGCGUCCUCUCUCCUCCCCAGUUCUGCUUUCUGAUGGAUCAACCACCAUCGUGGCUGUGGUUAUUCAAACAGAGGUAAUUGGUGACACAAUCCACGAUCAAGAUGCCACUAGUGCUUACAAGAAAGCAAUGGCUGAUUGGAAGUCUUUCAUUGAGAAGUAG